UGUUUUGGGCGGAUAAGAAUUAGCUGAAUUCUCCGUAUAACGUGGAAUUAGAAUAAGUUAUACCAGCUAAAUGUAAAUGCCAGGAAUUUUUCUUUCUUUCUAGAAUACACCUAAGCAGGUGUAUCAUAUAUUGAAGAAGAAAAAUGCCAGGAAAUUAUGGUUUUCAGUUCGUGAUUGUCUCUUUUUCGUUCUAGUGCGUGAGGGUCUGUACACUUGGCAUUUGAUGGCUGGUUAAAAAUCUGACCGUUGCCUAGACACGAAGCAUUCACCAGCGUCCGUGAUUACCAGUACUCCGUACUAGUCGAAGUACUUUUUUUCCAAAAUGAACGAACCUGCCCGCUGAAACACGUCUAGAUACGCAAGACCAAAUCUGACGAAUGCUGUCAUAAUAAAUUUGAAUCUUUUUAAUUGAGUUGUUUAUUACUCCGUACCUUCUACUAAUGCUAUGCGCUAUUAAAGGCUUGCCAUAUUAAUCCUUCCUAGCCCGUUAUAAACAAGCAUCGCUGGAGGGAGUACAUACUUGCUCAACAAACAAACAUUAGCCUGCUUGACAAUUCGCGAGUUCCUAAGAUGUUACAACACAUAGCAAUCGCACUGGUAAUUUUCCUAUCAUAUAUUGCUUUGGCUUCUGGAGAUGGAGAAUCUGAUCAUCAGGAUGCAGUCAAGACCGUUCUGAUUGAAGAUGGUGAUCUUUUCAAGUGUAUCGAUAUAAACCAACAACCAACUCUCAAGCAUCCAUUGCUGAAGAACCACAAAGUACAGAUGAAACCUAGCUCUUAUCCGUAUGAGCUUGAUAACCGGUCUUUAUCUGUAGCUACCAACUCAUCGGCACAACUUCCUGCCAUUUCAUGCCCACGAGGAACAAUCCCCAUGUUACACGGUAGUAAAGGUUAUACCAAAAAAUUUGGAGGUUUCCGCAGAAGGAAAGGUCGUCAACAUAAAGGUCCUCAUGGAGAGCUGGCGAUCAUCAAAACAAUAGAUGAUUUUUAUGGCUCGCGUGUUUCGAUAAAUGUUCAUGAGCCCAAAGUGAAAGAAAAGACUGAAGACAAAAGUGCAUCAUGGGUCUUGCUGUUAAACAGCCAGAACGUCAGUCAUAGGGAAGCUGUUGGUGCUGGUUCUAUUGUGUGGCCGAGCUUUAGUGGUGAUAAUUUUGCCAGAUUUCAUAUUACUUGGUCGGACAGCGCACACGACAAUCUAUGCUUUGACCACCGUUGUCCUGGUUUUGUGCAAGUUAAUUCGAGAAUUGGACUUGGGUCAAGAAUACAACCGAUUUCUGUUUAUAAUGGUCCUCAACAUUUUAUAGAUGUUCUUUUGUUUAAGGACCUGAAGACUAAGGAUUGGUGGGUAGCAUUGGGUGGAACCCCAAUUGGAUAUUGGCCAAGUUCAAUUUUUUCCCACCUGAAGGAUAAAGCUACCGAAGCAGGUUGGGGUGGACAUGUCCAUGGCCCAACGGUUCAGUCAAACUUUCCUCAAAUGGGCAGCGGGCAUUUUGGUUGGGAAGGGUUUGGAAAAGCAGCUUAUGUGAGCAAUAUUAAAAUUAUAGAUGAGAAUAAUAAGUAUUAUACACCAAAUAAUGAUAAAACAUUUGCUAGAAGUAGCAAACCAAGUUGUUACCCGAUUGACAAUUUUGGUCAAGAUGAAGGUGGCAUGCAUCUCUAUUACGGCGGACCUGGAGGAUGUAAUAAUAUUAAGAGCUAGGUACAUGCUCUUGGAACCUAAUGUCUCUAAUAAUGAAUCAUAUGCUAGCGUGACGGUGUUGUAUGAGCCUGAAAGAAUAAUACAUGCGGGAUUUUGAUGUUGCCAUGAUCGAAGGUCUCAGAUUUACAACUUUAAAUAGAUCGGAUGGUUGGAAGGUGAC